AUGAUUCUCGCUUCAGGACUGUGUGUUGACGCUGAUGUCACGGCUGCUCUGAGCACCCGAGAUACUGUUAACGAGCUGUGCCAAGCCCAGAUGCAGUGUUUUCUCACCAUAUGGUCCACACUGAAGUGCAUGGUCUUUCAGACAGGAAUGGCACAAAACUCAGAAAUGCUAAAUCCCAAGCAUGGAAGACCUACUCUACUAGAGGAGCAAUGUCCUUUGAACUGCCCCAAUUCCUCUGACUUCAAGGACCCAUGUAUUAAUUUAAAUGUGAUGCCCAAGACUUUGGAUGGGCAACUAACUAUGGAGAAGACUCCAAGUUACUUUGUGACCAAUGAGGCUCCCAAACGCAUUCACUCCAUGGCCAAGGACAUCAAACUGAUUGUGGUGGUGAGAAACCCUGUGACCAGGGCCAUCUCCGACUACACCCAGACACUGUCAAAGAAACCUGAGAUCCCCACCUUCGAGGUGUUGGCCUUCAAAAAUCGGACCCUAGGGCUGAUCGAUGCUUCGUGGAGUGCCAUUCGAAUAGGGAUCUAUGCUCUGCACCUGGAAAACUGGCUUCAGUACUUCCCCCUCUCCCAGAUCCUCUUUGUCAGUGGUGAGCGACUCAUUGUGGACCCCGCCGGGGAAAUGGCCAAAGUACAGGAUUUUCUAGGCCUCAAGCGUGUCGUGACUGAGAAGCAUUUCUAUUUCAACAAAACCAAGGGGUUUCCUUGCCUAAAGAAGCCAGAAGACAGCAGUGCCCCGAGGUGCUUAGGCAAGAGCAAAGGUCGGACUCAUCCCCGCAUUGACCCUGAUGUUAUCCACAGACUGCGGAAAUUCUACAAACCUUUCAACAUGAUGUUUUACCAAAUGACUGGUCAAGAUUUCCGGUGGGAACAGGAGGAGGGUGACAAAUGAGUCUAGGGAUGUGGCGGGAAGGCUAGUGAAUAGCUAAGGAGGCUCCUUGCCUGAGUCCUGAAUACUCCAGGUUCUACAGCUUCACUGGCUGGAGUACUGAGUAGAUUUCCCUCUUCAUCCAGCCAGAAUUGCCUCCAGUGCUGUUGGUUUAGGCAAAGGGGUGGAUCCCAUGGCAUCCUCAUGGAGAAACCCGGCCUGUCUUGGCAGCAGCAUCUGGUUGACCAGAUGGCCACCAGAACUCACUGUUAAUUCUUAUCUUCCGCUAGUUAAUAGAGCCUGAAGACAGAGGAUAAAUAGCUGUGAAUGUCAGAGACAGUGCUAUGAAUAUUUAUUUGAGUGACAAAAAAGAAAGAAAGCUCUACAUUACAGGCGUUCCCACUUUAGUUUGGGAAACUGGGGUUCUAGCCCUGUGUCUGGCACAAGCACUUGCCGUCUAAUCCUCUGCUUUGGCAUCUCUCCAGAAUGCACUUUGCAGCGGAGUGCUUCAAGGACUCCCAAGGAGCAAGGUCCUCCCUCUAAGGUGAUUCUAGCCUUCUCUGUAAAGGCCUCAUCCCACAACACCUUGACUUCCUCCCUCCCCACGUCAUGAAGGCAGAGGCAUGCACGUUCCUCACUUCCUCCCUCACCCCCCAAAAAUUGACACCCCUAGAAGCCUUCUUUCUAAAAGCCCUCUAAGGAGGGUUGGGUCUCUCUCUUCAUGAGUAUCCUGGAUUGUGGCUUAGAACACGCACCUGUGUUAGAAUCAGGCCCGUAAAGCUGCUCGCAGAGUGAUGUAAUUGUAGCUGAGUUCAGAGCACUGAGGCUGGCAGAGAUGAAUGGCCAUAUCUGGGGGUGAAAAAAACAAAUCCAGUCCUCUUGGUGGGAGGUCUUACCUGAAGAGUCUCUCCCCAAGCACCGUGAUUCCGAGGCAUGCUUUUGGGAUGGGCUGUAUCCCCUAGGGUCCCCAGAUGAGCAAAGACCAGAAAGUUGGUGAGUCUCUUAUUAUGAAUAACCCUUAUUGAUGCAGUAGGGAGGGCAGCAGUCACCUUUCUCCUAUUUGCCCCACCCCUGCCCCCUCAGGGUCAUCUCAUGCUUCAUUGUCUCUGUCCAGAGAUGGCAGGUAUCAGAAUAGCGGUGAGAAGGCUGACUCCAUUGAUCAGAUCCAGUUUAUGGGGCAUGGGGGAGAGAAAGGGCUGUCUGCAGAUCCCCCCAUCAAGGGCUGCCGAAUAAAGUGUCCCUUCUCAUUAGUUUGAUUCUAUUAAAAUGCACCAUUUGACAUAAAGCACUUGUUCACAGAUCUCCAAUACCGGGAAUUGUUCUAGUAAAACUGGAAAUUUGUAUGAAUGGGGGGAGUUAAAUCUGUUCAGCUGUUAUUAAACUGUCAUUUCUCCCGCUAAAUGAAAACUGUGUUGUUAUAAAGCUUAAUGCAACCUGA